AUGGCGCUCUCUUGCUCUAUCUGCCUUACCUACCACAAAGACCACCGUGCUAUUCAGAUAAGGAGGUCCUCAUACCAUGAUGUGAUCAGGGUGAACGAGAUACAGAAGUACCUGGACAUUUCCUCGGUUCAGACCUACGUCAUCAACAGCGCAAAAGUUGUCUUCCUGAACGAGCGGCCGCAGCCGAGGCCCGGCAAGGGUGUUACCAAUACCUGCGAAGUAUGCGAGCGCAGCCUCCUCGACUCCUUCCGCUUCUGCUCCCUCGGAUGCAAGGUGGUCGGAACGUCCAAGAAUUUCCAGAAGAAGAGCAAGCACUCGCCUGAGAAGAAGCAUCUGACGGGGCCGGCGCCUGUCUCGGACUCCGACGACUCGUACAGCAGCAGCAGCCAUGGCCGGCGUAAGAGCAGCAGCAGUCCUAGCUUCACCCCGUCAACGCACCACCAACUAUGGGGCGGCCGGCACGUUCGACAGGCCAAAAACGUUGGCACUUGUCGAAUCGGGACGUGUCGCCUCGUGAUUGGUCAGUGGAAAGCCCAGAGUGCGUUUCAAUUCUAG